AUGUCACCUCUGUUAUUUGUGUCGGGAAUUGAGUAUCUAAGCAGAAUUUUGAAGAAAGUUGGGCAAAAAAAAGACUUCUAUUUCCAUGAAAGAUGUGCUGAACUGAAGCUAAAUCAUCUCAGUUUUUCUGAUGAUGUUUUACUUUUCUGUAAGGGAGAUUUUAAGAGCAUUUACUACAUGCUACAGGGGCUGAAGCUCUUCUCUAAUACAUCUAGUUUGCAACCGAAUAAAACUAAAUUUGCUAUAUAUUGCAGUGGGAUGCAGGAAAGUGAGAUUCAAAGAGUACUAGACAGGUCUGGUUUCAGUAGGCAUACAACACCCUUUAGGUAUCUUAGUAUACCUAUUUGUGCCAAGAAAAUUUCUGCCUCAAAAUGUACAAGUCUUAUCCAGAAAAUGACUGCUAGAAUUAAGACCUGGAGCUAUAGAAACCUCUCUUUUACAGGCCGAGUUGUUCUUAUUUACUCAGUGCUCCUUACAAUUCACACAUAUUUGAGCCAAAUUUUGAUUCUCCCAAAGAGAAUAACUUCUGAAAUUGGAAGAAUUUGUAGGUGCUUUCUCUGGAAAGGGCAAUGUUGUAAACUUAACAUUUCAAAAGAUAGUUUUGUGCUUUGGUUGGCUAUCUUGGAUAGAUUUAAAACAAGAGACAGGUUAUUCAAGUUCGAAAUAAUAGACAGUCCUUUGUGCAUUCUCUGCAACAAUGCAGGUGAAAGAAAGGAUCAUUUAUUCUUUGAAUGUCUUGUUUUGAGUUUGUUUCUUUCCCAGCUGAAGCAGUGGCUGAAUUGGCAUGCAAAAACCAGCAACCUUACAUGGCCUGCUGAGGUGGAUUGA